UAAUUCCACUGUUGACCAAAAAAAAAAACCCUAAUUCCACUCAAUCUCACUCAAUAUCUUUCAUCUUCACUACUCCCAUAGCUGCUGCCCAACCACCUCCGACCACCGGCGAGCACUCCGGUCUCCGGCCACCGCGUUUCUGCUCUGAUCAAGCUCUCAGCAAUGGAAAUAAAUUUGGGGAAGCUCGGUUUUGACAUCGAUUUUCAUCCAUCAGAUAAUCUUGUGGCUGCAGGACUGAUCAGUGGUGACUUUCAUAUAUACCGUUAUAGCUCUGAUAGCAAUGAUAAUGACCCCGUGAGGCUGUUGGAAGUUCAUGCUCACACCGAGUCUUGCAGAGCUGCUCGAUUCAUCAAUGGUGGACGUGUGCUGUUGACGGGUUCUCCGGAUUGCUCAAUACUGGCUACAGAUGUGGAAACUGGAUCUACCAUCACCCGUAUUGAUAAUGCCCAUGAGGCUGCAAUCAAUAGAUUGAUUAACUUGACUGAGUCAACUGUUGCUUCAGGAGAUGAUGAAGGUUGUAUUAAGGUUUGGGAUAUCAGAGAACAGUCUUGCUGCAAUUCAUUUGAUGUCCAUGAAGAUUACAUUUCAGACAUGACAUUUGCAUCUGAUGCAAUGAAACUAUUGGCAACAAGUGGAGAUGGGACUCUGUCUGUUUGCAAUCUCCGGAGAAAUAAAGUCCAAGCUCAGUCUGAAUUUUCUGAAGAUGAGCUAUUGUCUGUUGUUUUAAUGAAGAAUGGUAGGAAAGUUGUAUGUGGAUCACAAACUGGAAUCAUUCUAUUGUACUCUUGGGGAUGCUUCAAGGAUUGUAGCGAUCGAUUUGUUGAUCUCUCUUCAAACUCUCUUGAUACUAUGGUAAAGCUUGAUGAAGAUAGGAUUAUUACUGGAUCAGAGAAUGGGAUGAUCAACUUGGUUGGGAUAUUACCAAACAGAAUCAUCCAGCCCAUUGCAGAGCAUUCUGAAUAUCCUGUUGAGCGUCUUGCAUUCUCUCAUGACAGAAAGUUCCUUGGAAGUAUUGCACACGAUCAAUUGUUAAAGCUAUGGGACUUGGAUAAUAUACUCCAAGAUUCAAGAAGCACACAGAGAAAUGAAACUGGAGUAAUUGACAAUGACAAUGAUGAGAUGGAUGAAGAUGAUGAUCCUUCAAAGUUCAGUGAAGGGAACAAGAGAAAGGAUGCAAACAAUGGAUCAAACAACUUCUUUGCAGAUUUAUAGGAGAUUGUGGAUGCAACUUAGUUCAAAUGCGAUAACUCAAUUAGGACACUUGCAUGCGUGAUUUCCAAAUUCCCCUUCUCAAAAUUGAUAGUUUUUCAGGACCCUGUCCUAGAGAUAGCUUUUUGGUUUGUGAUCCUCGUGUCGCUUGUAAUUCUUUUUCCCAAUAUAUAUAAAGAAAUUGUGAGGAGUUGGAUAC